AUCAUCCGCUUCUGUCAGUUCCUUUUCUAAAAGAAAAAAAUACAGUCGCAUCUCGCCUCCAGCAGGGUGAGUUCGCCUCGGCAGGGUGUGGCAUACCAUGGAGAGCUCGUCGCCGUCAGUGCCGUUCCCGCUGCUGCAGGCGCCGGUCGAGAGCACCUACCGCGCCUGCACCAUCCCCUACCGUUUCCCCUCCGACAACCCGCGCAAGGCCACCCCUGUCGAGAUCCAAUGGAUUGACCUCUUUCUCAACUCUGUCCCGUCCUUCAAACAGCGGGCGGAGAACGACCCCACCGUACCCGAUGCGCCCGCGAAAGCGGAGAAGUUCGCGCAGAGGUACACGUCAAUGCUUGAAGAGUUGAAGAAGAAUCCGGAGAGCCAUGGAGGACCACCAGAUUGCAUACUUCUUUGUAGGCUUCGUGAGCUAGUACUCAGAGAGCUGGGAUUUAGGGAUAUCUUCAAGAAGGUCAAGGAUGAGGAGAAUGCCAAGGCUAUGUCACUUUUUGAGGGAGUUAUUAAGCGGAAUGACGAAAUUGAGGAUGACGGCAAAAGAAUUGAGAACUUGGUCCGUGGAAUUUUAGCUGGAAACAUUUUUGAUCUAGGAUCUGCACAGCUUGCAGAAGUUUUUGCUAAAGAUGGCAUGUCAUUUUUGGCAAGUUGCCAGAAUCUUGUAUCUCGACCAUGGGUUAUUGAUGACCUUGAUGCUUUUAAGAGUAAAUGGACCAAGAAAUCAUGGGAAAAGGCAGUUAUUUUUGUUGAUAACUCUGGUGCUGAUAUUAUCUUGGGUAUAUUACCAUUUGCGAGGGAGUUGCUCCGACGUGGCACAAAGGUGAUACUUGCUGCUAAUGAUAUGCCUUCGAUCAACGAUGUCACGUAUCCAGAGCUUGUUGAGAUUAUAAACAAGCUCAAGGAUGCAGAUGGAAAGCUAUCAAAUGUGGACGCAUCUGGCCUCCUUGUUGCCAACUCUGGCAACGAUCUGCCUGUAAUUGAUUUGUCUAGUGUAUCACCAGAGCUUGCCUUUAUGGCAAAUGAUGCUGACCUGGUGGUGCUCGAAGGCAUGGGAAGAGCAAUUGAAACUAACCUAUAUGCGCAGAUGAAAUGUGACUCGAUCAAGAUUGGAAUGGUUAAGCAUCCUGAGGUCGCCCAAUUUUUAGGAGGAAGACUUUAUGAUUGCGUCUUCAAGUUCAAUGAGGCCUGAACUACGAGAUACAUUUGAUAACACAAUACCGGCCGCACUAGUGGUGGCUUAGUUCUCCCCAAGAUCAGCUUGUUAGGUGUUGCACUGAACAUAAUUUUGUUAGUAUCAGCAAUAAUUUCAAUCAAAAUAAGCUACGUAUAUGUGGUGGUU